AGAACAAUGUGUUAAUUGCUUUGUUACUGUUGUCAAAUUUCUGAUGAAAGUCAAAGUUUUUUGUUGACAGAAUGGUGAGAUACUUUAUCAAUAGCUCUUUUACUCUUUCUUUUUCCUUGUUUUCUUUUAUAGUUGCUGAUAUGUAUUCAAGAUGAGUGGGAUGGGAGAAAAUACCUCUGACCCAUCCAGGUCAGAGACAAGGAAGCGAAAGGAAUGUCCUGAUCAGCUUGGACCCAGCCCCAAAAGAAAUACUGAGAAACGUAAUCGUGAACAGGAAAAUAAGUAUAUUGAGGAACUCGCAGAGCUGAUUUUUGCAAAUUUUAAUGAUAUAGACAACUUUAACUUCAAACCUGACAAAUGUGCAAUCUUAAAAGAAACUGUGAAGCAAAUUCGCCAGAUCAAAGAACAAGGUAAGAGGACUGAAUUCAUAUACUGAAGAGUUGAGUUGUUU